GGUGGCAUCACUAACUGUCAGUGAUAAUUUUGACAGCGGCGCGUUAAUUUAAAACGGUUGUCGUUUUUUGCUUCAUGUUUGGUGUUGUUCAGCGUCCAUAUUGCUUUGAGUUGUGGAACUGUUCAGAUGUGUUUAAUGUGAUGUGAUAUUCGGUAGUUUUAACAAUAAGCAAAUAUAAUUUGUAUAGUUUUGUACUUUUGUUCACGUGAAUUAAAAAACAAUCAACAUGAGUUCGAAAAAUUCGGUGCAUGUUGGUAUUAAAAUGCGACCAUUGCUUCGCAAGGAAAAAGAUGAAAGUGUUUUGUGGAAAGUUGAAAAUAACUCUAUUCAGCUAAUUGAGGGAAAAUCGGAACGCUAUUAUUUUGAUCAUAUUUUUGAUCAACAAAGUGACAAUAAAAUGAUUUUUGAUAGAAUGGCCAAACAAAUUGUUCACUCAAGUAUACAAGGUUUUAAUGGUACUAUUUUUGCCUAUGGACAGACGUCUUCAGGUAAAACCUAUACCAUGAUGGGGGAUACGGAGAACCCUGGUGUUAUACUUUUGGCAUUUAAGGAAAUAUUUAAACAAAUUGAACAAAUUACUGAUCGUAAAUUCUUAAUUCGUGUUGGUUAUAUUGAAAUUUAUAAUGAAAAGAUCUAUGAUUUACUUGAUAAGAAGAACACAGAUCUGAAAAUACAUGAAACACCAUCCGGUAUGAUAAAUGUUACUUGCAAGGAAGCUUAUAUAACAUCUGAGAAAGAACUUUUGUAUCAUUUUGUUACUGGUAAUAAGGAACGGACAACUGGUGAAACAAAUAUGAAUGAACGAUCUAGCCGUUCGCAUGCUAUAUUCAGGAUCAUGAUUGAGUCUACGAAAAUAGACAAGGGUGAGGCUGUUAUUCAAAGUGUACUGCAUCUUGUCGAUUUAGCAGGCUCAGAGCGUGCUGAUCAGACAGGUGCUCGUGGUGCUCGUCUAAUCGAAGGUGGUCAUAUAAACAAAAGUUUACAUUUUUUGAGUCUUGUUAUACAGCGUUUAUCUGAAAAUGAAGAUGAUAAAUAUAUAAGUUUCCGUGAUUCCAAAUUAACGAGAAUCUUACAAGCCUCAUUGGGUGGUAAUGCAUUAACUGCAAUUAUUUGUGCUGUUAAACCAUCGGCUUUAGAAGAAACACUGUCGACUAUAAACUUUGCAUUGCGUGCUAAAACGUUAAAAAAUAAACCGAUUGUAAAUGAAAAUGUGUCUGAUGCUACGAUGAUGAGACGUCUCGAGCAAAAAAUUCGAGCAUUAGAGACUGAUUUAGAAAUAGAGCGACGUAAAAAUGAAUCUCAAAAGUCCAAAAUUAAAGUCGGUGAAUUAGAACAACGUUUAAAAGGCGAAACUCAUAAAAUUAUUAAUAAUUCACUUCAUGCUAAGCAUCGUCGUCGGACUUGGUGUCCUGCUACAAAAAAUCCAAAUACUGAGCAGGGUACACCAUCUACAUCUUACGGUUUAGUUACGCCAGCUCCACAAUCUCACAGCCACAUGUUGUCAUGUAAUGUCAAGAAAAUUUCUCCUGCUUUUUUGACGCCUCUGUUAACUUUGACUGCUAAUUCUGAUGAUGAUGAACAAUUUGUACCUGGUGAAAAAUAUAAUUUCGGUAAAGAACAACUAACACAAGUUCGCGAAGAAACAAGCCCAACACAUGCGUUUGACGGAGAAGUGCGUACGGUUAGCAUAACUCCAAGGAAUACAGGCUCUAGUCGGGAAAAAAUAGAACAAGAUUUAUUGGAAUUAGAAGAAUUUACCAACCUUGAAAAUACCAUACAAGUUAAACACGAGACCUAUAAGGCACAGAGUGAAGUUCUUGAAAAUCUUGUUAGUCGUAACCAAUUGCUUGAAGGUGAAAGACGACAAUAUAUAGCUGCACAGACUGAGCUAUUGUUUGCCAAAGAACAACUCGAGAAAAGUGAGGAACGAUGUCGUAUUUUGGAAGCAAAAACAAAGUCUUUAGAAGCUGACAACACGGAUACAGAUACAAUCCAGUUUGAAGUUGAGUUAGAAAAGUAUCGUAAGGAGUUGGAAGAAAUUAAAUCACAACUUUGUACCCAACAAUAUGAGUUAUCAACGUGCAAAAGUCAAAUAAAUGCCUACAAAGUUGAAAAGUCUCAGUUUGAAGCUCAAAUAUUAGACUAUCAGAAAAAACUCUCAGAGGUAGAGGAAACUAACCAGCAACUGGAUAUGGAAAAUCGGACACUGGUCAGUUUGGAUUUUGAAUAUCAAAGCCUAAAAUCAAAAUCACAACGACGUGAAAAUGAACUGCUUGAUGUGAUAAAUGAUAAAGAAAAAUUGAUAUUUACUUUGGAGUCUAAAAAUAAUAACAGAAGUUCCAAUUUACAUAAUGGUGAACUCAGGUCUUGUGUGAAAUGUGUAGAUAUGCAACUGUUGUUGGUUGAGAAUAAAAAAGUAAAGGAGGAGUUUGAUUUACUGACUUCUGAGUAUGAAAAAUUGCAAAAUAAUUUGAAGUCGACAGAGAAGGAAAUGGCUAAAAUAAUGGCCAUCAAAACAGCUAGUGAUGAUAAUACAGACUUUCAAAAUAUACAUGAUGAGAUAAAUGCGUUGCGUAGUAAAUUAGAAAUCCUGCAAACGGAGUAUAGUAUUCUAGAAGGUAAUAAGUGUGUGGCUGAUAUGAGAAAUGAUGAACUUUCUCAGUCUGUUAAUGCAGCACAAGGUGAAAUGAAUUUAUUAUUAAAGAAAUAUGAAAAACUAGAACAAUUGUGGCUCAACGAGAAGGAGAAUGUUAUUACUAUACAGAAACAGUAUGAUGCCAUCGAAAUAAAGUACAAGACUUUAGAGGAAAAAUAUAAAGUAUUCGAACAGUCAAAUGUGAAAUCGCUGCAAGUGAUAGAGGGUUUGGAACGUGAUAAUAAGUUACUACAGGCAGAAAUUAGUAACUUAAAAGAACAAUGUAUACAAGCUCAAAACCAGAUUCAGAACCUUGAAAAAGGGAGGGAUAGCCAAAAUGAAUUGUUUGAAAUUAAAAUAAGCGAAUUAAAAGCGCAACUAAGUAGAUCAGAGGCUGAAUAUAAUAAAGAUAAAUUGGAUGAAGCUGAAAGUAGUGGCAAUAUCAUAACUAAACUUAAGUUGGAGCUAAGUGAAAAACAGCAACAUAUAAAUGAAUUACAAAAAGAAUAUGAUGUUUUAUCUAAUCAAUUGAUGGAUAAUGUACAAGAAAACGAACAACUUCGAUCUGAAAUAAAUAAUUUACAAUUAGUGUCAAUUCAAAAGCGAACAGUUAGUACGGAAACAAUUGAAGCUGUAAUUGGUUGCGAUAAAUGUCAUGAUGUAAAUGUUGAAGAUAUACAGAAUACGAUCAAACUACAAACGGAGCAAUUUUACGAAUUAAGAAUUGACACUGAAAAAGUGAUAAAUGAGUUACGUGAAAACAUUAAAGUACUUACAGAUGAAUUGUUCGAAAAGUCAUUGCUUGUGGAAAGAUGCGCGUGCUCUGAGUAUAAAAAGCAAAUUCAAGAUUUAGAAAAAGAACAUGCCGAAAUAACGUUAUUAUAUAAUGAUCUACAAAAGAACAGUACACUUAAAUUAGAUCAUUCUAUGGAUUCUAUUAGUUCGAAACUAUUUAAUGAUUCUUCAAAUCAUACUACUGGUGGAUUUUUAAUUCCCCCUGAAAGUGGCCACCUGAAAGAAAUUGAAAAUAAUUAUACAGAAAUCAUUAAAGAAAUGCAAGCAAAAGAAAUAGAACAGUUGCAAAUCAUAAAUUCAAAAGAGCAGUCAAUCGAAUCUCUACGAGAGGAGCUGAAAUUAGCAUAUGAUAAUAUAGAAAAAGAAAAGAAGAAUCUAAAGGAUGUUGAAAAUAGUAUGGAACUAGCAUUAUAUGAUAAAAUUGAUGCUCAUGAAAUUGAACUCCGCAAGAAUUUAAGAAAUUUCAAACAGAAUUAUGAAGAACAAAUUGCUAGUCUUGAAGAAGAAAUUCAAAAUUUAAAAAAUUCUAAUACAACUUUAAUUGUGGAAACUAAUAAUAUUGCAAAGGAAGAAAAUUGUACAAUUUCAGAUCAUAUGAAAACUUUGGAAGAUACAGUAGAAAUGUCUAGAAAAUACGGUGAUGCUUUAAAAAUUGUAAGAGAUUUAAACGGUGAAAUGGUUAAACUAAAUCAAAAUACCUCUGAGAAACAAGAAGUAUGCAUGGAUGAAAACUGUGAUUUACAAUAUGAACUAAAUCAAUUACGAAAACAUUGUGAAAAUAUUAAAAAUGUCAGGAAUUUGUUACUUUAUCAAAAUGAAAAUUUAAAAUCUAAGUUAUAUAUAAUUUUAGUAAACAACGAACAAUUUGCCAUUGAGAUAAUGGAGCUUAAAGAAUUUGUAAAUUUACUUCAAGUAGAAAAUGCAAACAUAAAGUCUAAACUUCAAGUAGCACUUGAUGAAAACAAUUUGUAUAGUGUGCAUGUAGAACAACUUAAAGAAUCGAAUAAUAUGCUAAAAGUUACAAACAAAACACUAGAAACGAAGAUUGACACUGCUGAUGUUAAUGAAGAAACAAAAGCGAAAGAACUUAAUUCAGAUAAUCGUUUUGAUUUAGAACUGGAAGGGGUUAAGCCGUUAGAACCAGUUUUAGACGCUUUAACUCCAUCACCAAGUAAGGUUUUGUCAGAUGAUAAUAGUCAAAAAAGUAAUUUGAUUGAUCAGUAUGUGGAACAACUAGAAGAGUGUAGAAAUAUAUUAAAAGCGGAAAAUGAAAUUUUGAAUUCCAAGCUCGAGGAGGCUGAGGAGAAAAAUGAUCGUCUUUAUGUGCUACUUAAUGAAAUUAAAAUAUCAGAGACCGCUUUCAAAGAUGAAGCGUUAACAUUACACUUUAAACUAGAAAAUGCCAAAGAAUACAAAAAAAAGGUGAAUGUAUUAAGUGAAAGAAAUAAUUCACUAACAGGAGUAGUUGACCAGCUUGCUUCUGAAAAUAAUCAUCUUAAUCAUGUUAUAAAGUGCCAUACCGAAUUAACAAAUAGUCUGCAAAUUGAAAUUGAACAGAAAAAUGUCCAAGUGGAAGCUUACUUAAGCGAAAAUAUGCAAAUGAAAUCACAGAUAGCAGAGCUGGUUGAUGUAAAUAGUUCACUUAAAAUCGUUAAUGAAGACUUGAAAACUGCUUUACAAUUAAAAACGGAUGAAAUAAGUGAAACGAAAAUUCUUUUAGAUUCUUUACAAAAAGAAAACGAUUCGGUAAAUUUAAUAAGUUCCAAACAAAAUGAAGAAAUCCAAGAUCUCAUUAAGCAAAUAAAAUCAUUAACAGAUAUUAAUUCCUCGCAAAUAACAACAAUCCAAGAGUUUGAUGAAAAAAAUCGCGAUCUAACUACCCUACUGCAUUUAGUAGAAGCUGAUUGCAAUGCCGCCAAACAAUUGGAAAAUAAAUCAAAAGUAGAGUUGUCAAAUUUAUUAAUUGAUUUUCAAAACCUUAUGGAAGAUAUAAAGUCUCUUCAAGAUGAUCACAAUAAUCUGAUGGAACAUUUCACUGUUUUAAAAAGUAGUACAAGCCAGUUGGAAUUAGAUUAUGCAAAAUUGGAAUCUGAUGCUGGAGAAAGAGAAAAGAUUAUUCUUCAGUUAACAGCACAUAAUAAAGAACUAAAGAACGAGAUUAUAUAUAUGGAAAAUGAAAGAGAAUUUGUAAAAAAUAUAGAUCAGCUUAAUAAAUUAACUGAAGAGAAUAAAUGUUUGCAGACUGAGCUUGAUGAGCGAAAAAAUUCGGCAGAAAUAUCUGAAAAGAUAUAUAAUGAAAAAGUUGUUGAUCUAGAAAAACUGCUAGAACAGUAUAAAAAUGAGGCACACAAAGCGCAACAAGAUUUAGUUAAUGUCAUAGAUAUAUCUGCGCAGUUGGAGCAAGCAAAGGCAACUAUAGAAGAACAUGCAGAAUGUCGUGAUAAUGUUAUAAAAUUAAAAUCUACAAUUAAAGGCCUCAACAAACAAUUGGAUGAUGUAAAGGCAAUUGUGGCAAAACAUGCAGACUGCGCACAAAUACGCAAAAAAUUAGAUAUUAAGAUAAGUCAACAAAAUAAAGAAUUGGAUCAUGUAAAGAAAAUUGUAGAAAAACACACGACAUGCAGCCCAGCUCGUCAAAAACUGGAAUCAAAACUUGUCAACCUUUGCAAGCAAUUAGAACAUUACAAAGGGAUUGCAAAAGAACAUUCGAAAUGUGAUAAGACCAUGGGCGAAUUGCAAUCUAGGCUCAUGAGUCUUAUCGCAGAAACAGAGAGUAAAAAUGUUCUUUUAGAAAAGCAUGCGGAAUGCGGUGAUAUAAAAAAUAAAUUAGAAUCCAAAAUUCAGGAUCUUUCCACAGAGUUGGCCAAAGUUACGAAGGCUGUAAAAGAGCAUAAAGAUUGUGUAAAUUUAUCCGUAAAUCUAGAGCCGAAUAUCGAAUAUUUAAAGCAUACUAAUAUAUCUCUGAUAAAACCGAAUGAAAGUUUAAAUAAUACAUUGGUUAAAAGUCAUCGUAAUGCAAAUGACCAGAUUGCAAUGCAUAAUUAUACAAAUACUUUGGAAGAAAAAGAACGGCUAAAUUUGCAGCUAAAUUAUUUAGAAAAAGAAAAUGAAAAACUACAAAAUCAAAUUGAAAGUUUACAAUUUCAAUAUAAAGAAUUGUUGAAUGAGAAUGAGAAAUUGACACAGUUGAGUUUCAAUAAGAAAUUAUCAGAUGAACAAAUAUCUCAAUUAAAUUCCGAAUUAUCGAAGUACAAGGAAAUUUUACAAGAACAAAACGACAUUAACACCAAUCUUCAAGAGAAAUUGACUUCAGAAGAGGAUUCUUAUUUAAAUCAAAAGUCUACUCUUAUCAAAACUAUUAAUUCGCUUACUAGUGAAAAACUAGCUCUUGAAAAGAAGCUCAAUACAAUGCAACUAGCUGUGGUGAAACUUGAAAGUGAAUUGUCUCAAAAGAAAAUUGAUAGUUUCGGUAAUUUAAAUGAAACAAAUCAGUCUUCUUCAUCUUUAUCAACAUCUCCAGAACGCAGAAGCUUGGAUCUAGUUAAGAAAUCUAUUAAUGUGGAAGAUAAGUUAUCUGAUAAAAAGGAAAAAAUUAUUCAACAUGAAAGCGCAGAACGUAGAGACAAGCGUCGAAGUGUGUACGAUGAAAGACGUCGUCAGUCAUUAUGGGGUGCCUAUCGUGACGUAGAAGUAAUGACAGACCCGACUGACGCAAACUGUGGUUGUAUUGAAUUAAAUGAAAAAGUUAAGGAAUUAACAUCCACUCUCUUUAUACGGGAAGGUCAAGUAACUACACUUAACAUGCAAUUAAAAAAUCAUCCACUUAAGUCUGAAAAUGUGAGACUGAAACAACGAUUGCACGAAGAGCAAGAAAAUCAUCGUUUUGAAAUAAAACGUUUUAAACAAGCAGUAAUUGAUGCAAAGAAAGCAAAAAUGGUCGUUGAUAUCUCGAAAAAGUCUGUGAACUCUGCAAACUCUGAUACAAAGGCUGUUGCUGCAAUUUCAUCGCCCACAUGUGAGGUUAAUGGCAAUAACGAUGCUAAUGUUACAGAUAAAGUAAAAAAGGAUAUGGUGGAAGCUGGCACGCAAACUAUGGGCGAGUAUGACACGAUAAUUCAACAAUUGGAGACGAAAUAUCGAGACCUUCGCACAGUUUGCCGUGCUCGUUAUAACGAAAUUAAGAAGCUAGAAUCACAAAUAAGUGCUGGGAAGGAAAAUCAGAAUAAUUCUGAAAAUAAAAGCGUUCUUUCGGCUUUAGAACUUAGUCAAUUUAAGGCUCUUAAGCUCAAACUGGAGAUUACUGAAAAGGAAUUCAAAGAGCUCAAAAUAAAAUAUGAAGAAGCAAAGAUUAUUUUGCACAAACGUCAGGAAGAAAAUUUAAAAUUACGCGCUUCUCUCUCUGAGAAUAAAUAGCAGUUAUAGUAUAUAUGUAAUUUUUGUUUAUAGUACUUAAUCACAAAACACUGGUGCUAAUAAUUUUCAAGUUUAAUAUACUUAAUC